CACACAGGGAAAAUUUAGCGGAAGUGGUAGGGUUUGGGGUCUAUUUUGGCACUACUUUUCUCCGGUUCGUGAGGUCCAUUUGGAGUUCGAUUAAUCAGCGUAGAGAUGAGUUCGACGGGUGGAGGUGGCGGAGGUGGGUCGACCAAGGGUGGGAGGGGCAAGCCGAAGGCCUCGAAGUCGGUGUCUAGGUCGCAGAAGGCUGGACUUCAGUUCCCGGUGGGGAGAAUCGCUAGAUUUCUCAAGGCUGGCAAGUAUGCUGAGCGUGUCGGUGCCGGAGCUCCCGUCUACCUCUCGGCCGUGCUCGAAUACCUCGCCGCUGAGGUGUUGGAGCUUGCUGGUAACGCGGCGAGAGACAACAAGAAGAACAGAAUUGUGCCGAGACACAUCCAACUUGCAGUGAGAAACGAUGAGGAGCUGAGCAAGCUUUUGGGCUCUGUUACCAUUGCCAAUGGAGGCGUACUACCUAAUAUUCACCAGACUCUUCUGCCCAAGAAGGUUGGGAAAGGGAAGGGUGAGAUUGGAUCUGCUUCUCAGGAGUUCUAGGGCUAGCUUAGUUGUUUCACAUUGUGUAAUGUACAUCUGCAUUGCAAUUUCCUCUUUUUGUCAUAUGAAAUUUGAUGGUACCUUUUUGUCAAUGAAAAGAAUCUAUCGACUUUUGUAA